CCACAUUACAGCAAGUUUAAGGUUUUGUUUCAAGGCAAGCAAUCGCGUUCAUUUACACUUCAUCGCAAAACUCGACAGCGUCAAGCGUAAGUUUAAGGAUCCAACAGCAACGCAGUUGUAAUGUUAAAGAUUGUGGAUUUGGAUAAGAAGCCACCACCAAACAAAUCCAUACUGGACAGGAUUAUCAAAGCAGGUGGUCGACGCUUACCAGGCAUGGUGCCUUCAAGCCCUAUUCCUAAUUCUGAGCAACUGAGUCAAGGAGAAGUGCUGACUGUACAGGACGAUAAUGGAGACUUCAUGGAAUGGUGGUAUUUGGAGGAACCCUGGAAGGAACUUGACCAUCCUAACGCAGAGCAAGUUGAUGCAAAGUCCCUAAAACAAAAAGCUGAAAAUCUAAUAAAAGCUCUAAAUGUGUAUGAUUACCUCCUAUCUAAACAAGGAGUGAUUCUGCAGAGUCACAUUAAAGAACUAGAGGAAGUGGUGGAGAACAUUGACAAGGAGGUGAAGACAGCAGAUAGUACCAGGGGAACUCUAGGGGCAAUAGGACUGACGGCUGCUGUCGGAGCUGUCAUAUAUGCCCCAACGACCCGAGUGGCUUCCUUAGCAGUGGCUGCAAUUGGGUUUGGAGUUACAGCAUUCUGGGCUGUUAUUUCCAACAAACGUCCCACCAAUGUGAACAGGAAGAAAGUAAAGACAAUCUUCAAAGACUGCUCUACACAGUUAGAGGAAAUCGAGAGGUGUCUAAAGUUUAUCAGCUCUAAUAUGGCAUGUCUGAAUAAACACGAUUUGUCCGCUUCAAUUGGGGUGGAUUCCAAAGCAGAAAAGGUUUUUAGAAUGGUGAAUAACAGUGACGGUGGAAACAGUGUAAGAGUGAUCAGUGCAGUCAGUAAGUGCUCAGGCCUGAUCCAAGGCUUUGUGCUGGGUAUGGAUACGUGUUUCUGCAAAAACGACAACGAAAAACUCAAGAAGCUGAAACGGGGCUCAGAAACCAAAUUUGCUAAACAAAUCUCUGUGCUGAUAAAGCAGGUGCAAGUCAGCCUUGAUCAGCUGAUGAGUUAUAAAACUGUGGUGAAAUUUGCAGACAUAUAGAACAUAAUUUGGGAGGGAUUAUAGAUAUAGUAUGAUGGUGUUAUAUAGUCUUAUUAUAUCAUUUACUAGUGAAAUUUGAAAUGCUGCUAUAUACUAUAUAAUAAACAUGAAGGAUAUAAGUAUAUUUUCAUGUAAAAAAUCAAAUUAGUUGAUUGGUGGAGUCUUUGGGUUAGUAUGUUUCCAGAGCCUUUCUUUUAAUGCUGGUUUCUUUAUGAAAUCUUCUAUGUGAAAUCUGUCUGUAGAAUGAAUGCACUUUUUCAUGUUACAUGUGAUGUAACCUUUUUGCACUUUAGCGGUUAAAAGUUUUGCUGGACAAUACUUAGAGGAGAAGUUGUUGUUGUUGUUGU